AUUCUUAAUUAUUUGAUAAACAAAGUAAAAUAAAAAAACUUAUAAAACAUGGUUGAACGCAUUGAAGAUUUAAAUUUACCAAAUGCUGUCAUUACACGUCUCAUCAAAGAAGGUCUGCCGGACAGUGCCAAUGUUUCCAAAGAAGCUAGAGCGGCCAUUGCCAGAGCUGCUUCUGUGUUUGUUAUAUUUCUUACAUCCACUUCUACAUCGUUGGCCCGUAAACAAAAUCAUAAAACCAUUACGGCCACAAAUAUUUUAGAUGCCUUGAAACAACUGGAGUUUGAGAGUUUUGUGGAGCCGCUAACAAAAGAUUUGGAAUCCUAUCGAAAAAUUGUGAAAGAUAAGAAGGAUAAGAACAAGAAAGAGGCAGUUGUUACAGAGAAUGGUGGUGCUGUUGAGAAGGAAGCGGAGACGACGGAGGCCACAUAGAUUUGUAGUAGUAAGAGCAGAGUUUGUUUAUUUUAAGUUGUAUUAUGGAUUUUUUUAAUUACAUACUUAACAAGAACAAAGAUUUUGGUAAUAAAUAUACAUAGCUUAGUAAAAAAUAAA